AUAGACAGCUACACGUAACGUCCUAUAUAAAAAACUAAAAAAGCCAGGUCUCCGGCCCUGCUCCUUUGUUAUUCGUUAGCACAGUCUUGACAAUUCACUCUUCGCUAAGAAUAUGAAGGCUAAGAGUCCUUGGGAGGCUUCUAAUGGAGAUCAGGACGAGGAAGGAGAUGAAUUCUCAACGGACACACAACAUACCAUGUCAUGGCCAGAAGUAGAAGAGUUUAUGAAGAACUAUGAACAAAAAUUGGAGAAAUUCUUUCGUCUUGAGGAGGAGGAAGUAAUUAAGAAACUGAGGGAAAGAAGAAUGAUUCGUCUUGGUAUGGGGCUUCAAAGGUAUAUGGGGCCCUUUCCUAUGGACACGGAGGCGACGGGAUCCUCAUCAAACUUGAAGCUUGACUUCAACAAUCGUUUCCCGGAGACGAUUUAUACACUAACCAACAUCGAGGAUAUCAACCAUGAUCCACUCCAAAUCAUUGUCGCAGACGCCAACAACGUGGAUGCUCGUCCAUUGUUGACCAAUAAUUUACGAUCUCCCAAAGUUGAGCUGCUGGUGUUUGAGGGAGACUUCGAUUCCAACGACGGGAACUGGAGCAAUCAAGAGUUCGAAUGCAAAAUGGUGAAGCCGCGGCCGGGAAAAAGGCCCCUCCUCGUCGGAGAGACUACUGCUUACCUAAGUGAUGGAUCUGUGGCCUUCCCCAAGGUAUUCUUCACGGACAACUCGAGUUGGGACAAGAUCGGGAAGUUCAGGAUCGGUGCUCGAGUUGUGCCAGGAAGCUACGAGGGACCAAGAAUUAAAGAAGCCUUCACCGAGCCAUUCAGGGUAAAGGACCGCAGAGGAAGAGCAUACGAGAAGCAUAAUCCGCCGGCUCUAUGUGAUGAUGUGUGGCGGCUCGAGAAGAUUGGCAACAAAUUCCGCUCCAAUCUAGCAUCUCAUAAUAUUAAGACGGUCCAAGAUUUCUUGAAGCUACUCUUCAUCGACGAACCCAAGCUUCGGAGUAUUGUCGGACGACGGAUAUCAGAUCAAACAUGGGCGACGAUCACGAAUCACGCAAAAAAAUGCGUUACUGGAAACGAACUUUAUCUGCAUAGGGGAGACCAAUUGAACGUCGUCGUCGUUAACUCAGUUUGCCAGGUUGAGAAGAUAAUUGUACCCGAUGGUCGAGUUUUCACUCCAAACGAACUUAGUAGCAAACAGGACAGAGAUCUAGUAAAGCACUUGGCUCGGGAAGCAUACGAAAACUGGGAUAGAAUGGAGGAGUACCAUGAACCUCCCCCCAACGCAGACAUUCCACUGCAACCAACAGAUGCAGAAAUGGCGCAAGGUGCAAUGGACUCAUCACUGUUUGAUUUUGGACAAGAUUGUUACUUUCCUUUCCCGUCUCCUUUCGGAGGGCCGAUGGAUCCGCUGCCCUGAUUGCUGGCAAACUCACACAGCGACGAGAAGUAGGAGUUAAAGUUGCUCUUUGCUAUACAUUUUGCUUUUGUUGAAAGGAAAAUGAAUUAUGUUGAUUGACGUUACCCAUUUGAGUUUAUAAAACACACGGAUGUAGGAUUAAGAUUACAUGGACGAACUAAAUCUAAUUAAGUCCAUAUGAGUGGAUUUAAUCA